UGAACAUCCAUCUUACCCCGGCUAGUCACUCGCCAUUCACCAAGCAACAUGGCUCGUCUUUCUGGUAUCCAAAAAGAGGUCACCAAGCUUUACAGACACUGCUGCAGAUGUGUGUACAAAAAGCCGGAGGAAACCAGACCCAACUGGCGCCGUUUCAUCAGGGGUGAGUUUGCCAAAUACAGAGAGAUCCCCAAGAGAGAUUUUGCCACUGUUGAGUACUUGAUCAGACAGGGUUGGAAGCGAGCGGAAUUGUACGCUGGCGAAGGUGUCCGUGAUGUGCGCUAAGCAAAGGAAUGCAUCCCAAAUCUAUAGACUCUCAGAGUUCUCCUGACUGAGACCAUGUUCAAUGGUGUACGUAUUCUUGCACAUAGCCGCGGAUACAUCGAACGGUAGGCAGAGCCUUGUACAUAGCCAGCAUUCUUGGCGGACCGGAAUAUAGUACGUUUUCCUCCAACCUCAAAAGGUUUUGCUCUCCAGUCUGUAAGGUAUUUCUUAUCAGAAAAGGAACGUGCGGAUCGAAAAGCCCGACAAUGUAAAAAUAGUCUGUAUAGUUGGUUAUUACAAAUAAUUAUUCAGCAAAGAUCCAGCUUUAGAGAGUGAGGACUUCAAAGACUUGAGUAAGACUUUACCAAACGCUUCCCCUUAGUAAAGACGAGUAGGUUUCUCAAGCAAGAAGGCAUGCUCUGUAUCGAUAAAUUAAACUAUAUAGCAUUCACGGUACAAACCCACAUACGCUGC